CUGAAAUCAAAAGGCACUUCCAUUUGGUCUCUUCAGGAAAGGAGAGUAGGAGUCAGCCCAGGAGAGUUGGGCGGGGCCUUAUUUAAGCUCCUGAAGACAGCCUGUGAAGACACAAAUCAGUUGGGCUGUGAUUGUCCAUCUGCACGAAGCACCUCUUUGUCUCCAUACUGGACUCUUUCCCCACACUUUAUCAGUACUUUAAGAGCCACUGCUGGAGUCUGCAGUCAUGGCUACUUUGAAUAAAGAUCCCAUUGGAGACCUGGAGCUAAAGAACAAAGCUUCUGUGGCCUUCACUGUCACCUCUCCAGACAGCACCUGGAAGCUCCAGAACAAAGAAUACCACAACUACGGCUCAGGGGAUGGGAGCUCCCCCGAAAGUGGGAACAACGGCUUAGACCCAGGCUCUUAUCGGAAGGGCAAGGGGAUAACAGUGUUCCAAACUUUGAUUCACUUGUUGAAAGGAAAUAUUGGCACAGGUCUCCUGGGACUGCCCCUGGCAGUGAAGAAUGCAGGGCUCUUGAUGGGUCCUCUCAGUCUGUUGGUGAUGGGCAUUGUGGCAGUGCACUGUAUGGGCAUCCUGGUGAAGUGUGCUAACCACUUCUGCCAAAGGUUGCAGAAGCCCUUUUUGGACUAUGGAGAUGCAGUAAUGUAUGGCCUAAAAACCAGCCCCUGCUCUUGGCUCCAGAAACAUGCUCUGUGGGGAAGGCACAUUGUCGGGUUUUUCCUGAUUCUCACUCAAUUGGGAUUUUGCUGUGUCUAUUUUGUCUUUCUGGCUGAUAACUUGAAACAGGUGAUAGAAGCAGCCAAUACAACUACCCUUAAUUGCUAUUCCAAUGAGACUGUGACCUUGACACCUACCAUGGACUCAAGACUCUACAUGCUCAGCUUUCUGCCCUUUGUAGUGCUACUGGUGUUUGUCCGCAACCUCAGACUCCUGUCCAUCUUCUCCAUGUUGGCCAACAUAAGUAUGUUGGUCAGUCUGGUAGUCAUCUACCAAUACAUUGUUCAGGAUAUCCCAGAUCCCCAAAACCUACCUCUUAUAAGUAGCUGGAAGACCUACCCUUUGUUCUUUGGAACUGCCAUUUUUGCAUUUGAGAGCAUUGGUGUGGUUCUUCCCCUAGAAAACAAAAUGAAGAAGAGCGAGCAAUUCCCAUUCAUCUUGUAUUUGGGGAUGACCAUAAUUACCCUUCUCUACAUCAGCCUGGGAUGCCUGGGCUACUUGAAAUUUGGAGAUGACAUACAAGCUAGCAUAACUCUCAACUUACCCAAUUGCUGGUUAUAUCAGUCCGUCAAGCUGCUCUAUUCCCUUGGAAUCUUUUUCACCUACGCCCUGCAGUUCUACGUCCCAGCAGAGAUCAUCAUCCCUUUUGCUGUGUCCCAUGUGCCAAAGAGCUGGAAUCUGGCAGUAGACUUGUUCAUCCGCACAGCCCUGGUCUCUGUGACAUGUGUUUUGGCCAUCCUUGUCCCCAGGCUAGACCUGGUAAUAGCCCUAGUGGGCUCCAUGAGCAGCAGUGCCCUGGCUCUGAUCAUACCUCCACUCCUGGAAAUCAUCACCUUUUACUCAGAGGGCAUGAGUCCUAUCACCAUCAUUAAGGACAUACUGAUCAGUGUCCUAGGCUUCAUUGGGUUUGUGGUGGGGACCUACCAAUCAAUCUAUGAGCUGACCCAGCCCCCUGUUUCUCACACCUUUGCCAACAUCACCAGUUCCUUUGUACAGUGAUCUGCUUCCAAGUGGAACAUCUUCCCUGUCUCUCCUCAUCCCUCCACUCCCUGUGGAAGGUGAACUCACUGUUUCCAGGACUAAGCCAACUGUGGUAUGGUAGAAAGAGUACUGGGUCUGGAAAUGGAAAACCUGGGUUCUUGAUGACUGGGCAAGUCACCUAAACUCUUUGAGCCUCAGUUUCUUCAUCUGUAAAAUGAGGAUAUUGCUUUUACUUAGAGGAUUAUUGAGAGACUCAAAUGAGGCAAUAUACAUGUGUGUAUAUAUGUAUAUGUGGAGAGCACUUUGUAAAUUAUAUAGUGCUUUAAAAAUAUGACCUAUUACCAUUCCUUUUCUUCCCCCUCAGCAUUCACUUACUUUGGGAGCCCUCCAAAGUAGGGCCUCAAGGCAUGAGUAAUUUUCUCUUGGCUUUGUUUCUAACUUGUUGGAAAAUCUCAGCUAAAGGUUUCCACUAGCUGCUGCCUAUCAUGUAAGGAUGACCCAACAAGGCUGACAUGUACUUUCCAUCCAUGAACUGUCUGAAUACAAAGUGAUAUUGAAACUCUAGAUGUAGCCUAUCUGGAGUGUGACUCCUUGUCCCUGGAGCUCAGGAAAUAACAACCUAAAUCUACCUUGUUCCUCAAAGACAAGCUGAAUUGUGAAAUAUUUAUACUCAACCAAGAGUUCUAGACUCUAAAAUACACUUGGACUUUGCAUCAGAGCAGAUGCACUUUUAAGAAGUGGGCACAUGCCAGGGAGAAUCAAUCAUCUUGAAAUGAAGAAAAUUAAGAAACUGAAAUGAAGCAAGAGAGAGGAAGAGGCCUACAUAAAACUGGAACCUGAGUUAGCCGAGGCCAUAAAUUGGGUCUCUGGCCACACAAUGAUAAGGUCAUUCCCAUCUUAUGCAUCAGAAGUUUAGGAUUUCAGAGUGAAAAGGGAUCUUAGAGACUAUUUAGUCCAGCACCCUCAUUUUGCAAAAGAGGAAAAUGUAGACAUCGAGAUAGGAAUGGAUUUGCCCUGUUCACAGUUGGAACUGUAACCCAGGAUCCCCAACCACCAAUCCAGUGCUCUUUUCACUAUAUUACAAAUAUUUGAGGAAGGAAGAGGGGCUCCCUGCUAUAGCAGAGGGCUCUGGAGAAGGAAGAUGGAAGCUGGUACUAGAAAAUUAAAAAGGCCUGAGGGCUCUUAGACAAAGGAUGUUGGAGGAGAAGGGUAGUCCUCUCCUCUUAUAUCUCCUGACUAUAGUUAGUCACAGACUAAGUGAAAAAUUUCUUAUUUUUUUAAGAUUAGCAGGCUAAUCUGAAGAAUAAAGACAUAUCUAUUAGUGUUUGGGAGGAAAAGUUGGAGUCUGAAACAGCUCACAAUAGCAAAGACUGGAAUUCAUUCCAGACACAUUUAUUGUUCGCUGUGUGUGUGCAGAGUACUUACUCAUUAGGCACCAGGGAAGAUUUCAGAUUUAGCUAUCAUAGUGUUCUUGUUCUCCUCUCUUGCACAGAAGAACCUUUGACCAUCUCUUCAAUUACAUGUAAGUUACUAGCAUUAAAGUCUAGUAACUACUAACAUUUGCUUGUCUUUGGGUUUUUCUUUUCCUUUUUUAGAGAGGGAUUUGUAACCCAGUGUGGGCCAGGGUUCCACAAUGACUCCUAGUAGACAAAGGAAGCACCUACAAAUGAGCAGGGGCUAAGGAGUGAGAAAAAGAUCUAGUCUUUUUUGUGAGAACCUUUUGGAGUUGGGGUAAAUUCAACAAUAUCAUUAACACUUACUACAUACAAUGCACUAUGUGAAUCACUGGGAAAGAAAUAAAAAUAAGGCAUGGUGCUUGCCCUUAUGGAGCUAAUCUACUAGUAGAAAAAUCAUCAACACACACUGAUAAAACUCAUGGUUAACAAGCAGAGGAUAAACUGUGGGAGUAAAAACAACGAGGAAAAGCAACUGCUUGACUACAGUGGUUGAGGGGACAUGUCUGAGGAGAGACUCUAAAUGAACACUCUAAUGCAAAUACCAACAACAUGGAAAUGGGUUUGAGUCAAGAACACAUGUGAUACCCAAUGGAAUCAUGUGUCAGCUAUGAGAGAGGUGGUGGGAGGGGGGAAGGAAAAGAAAAUGAUUUUUGUUUCCAAUGAAUAAUGUUUGGAA